AUGAUACUGUAUGUUAACGAUUGCUCAUCAUUUAAAGAUUUCACGACUGUAAUUUUGGAAAAAUUAUGUGGUACAGAUCAUAAAUGCGGUAAGGCGAAUAUUAUUAUAGCGGAUCUGAAACUAUAUGAGAAUUACUAUAUAGAUCAACCAGAACUCACCACUAGCGUCAAUUACAUUAAUAGGGUUGGUAAUGUCAACGUGACUUUGGUAGAGUCAUUAUCGGAACUUAUUACCGUUUUGGGUGAACAUUUUCUGGCUAAAGAAAGACCUGAACACCCGGAACUACCACCUAUUGGAACGGAUACAAAGAUAAUAGGGCUAUUUGGAAUAUUUGACCAUUUCAUAACGGAGGGUAACCAGCUUAUGACGAAAAAGUGGCAGGUAAAUGACGAAAAAGAAUUUCAAACAGAGGAAGGGCUGAGUAAUCCAUUCAUGGAUUUGAAAGAUUACUCGGCAAAGACAGUCAAUUUUAUUUGCAACUUAAUGUAUAACUUAAAAUUCUAUAGAAAAUAUGAGAUCUAUUUGAAUGAGCCCUAUGAGGGAACCGAGGAAGGGAACGAUAAGGGGACAUAUUCGCCAAUAACAUGGAAUAGACAACUACCUAAUUUGCAGCCAACAGGGGAAGUUAACAUUCAGCGAGAAGUGAUUCACCCAGACGAAAUACCGAUAGAGGAGCAAAAUGAAGGGCCGAUUGUGUUUGAUGAAACUGAAAUGGGCACGCCGUUUCCAGAUAAUCACACCAACACUGAAUCUAGCGAAUUCGAUACCCGCCUAAAACAAGUGGAUCUUGUGCCCCUCGGAUUAAUUUUAUCAAAAUGGGCCAGAAUUAUAUGA